AAAGGAUUCUCCUGUUAUCAACAUGUGAACGGGAUCUUCGACUUGGAAGGAUUUGGAGGGGACAUGAUGGGGUGCACAUUUGUUGAGAUAGGGAAUGGUGACUACUUUGGCCUGCUGACAGCUAAGGAAUUCAAAACAGGUGACUAUUAUCUUCUUGUAUCAACCUUCUCAGUUAAGGUACUAGCUGCUCAAGUGCCACCCAUCGAAUCCCUCGAUCGGCCUACCGAAAUGACAUUCUUAAGCAUUAACCGCAAGAACCAACAGAAGUUCAACAUUUCUGGGGCUCAUUGCAGGUGUUUUACUGGAGCUGCAUAUCUAUAGGUUCUGCAAGUCUCAGGCUGGUCCCUUUAUGCUUUCCUGCAAGGAUAUGGCCAUGCUUACUAGUUCCUUUUAGCUAUGUGUGACCCGCUAGCAGAAUCUUUUAAGCUUCAAUUAAUUUCUUUUAUCCCCGUUCUUAUAAAACCAAAGCUAUGGAGUUUUUCUAAUUGAUCAAUUCUCCGUAUAUCUUAUUUGAUACGUACUUGCUAGUUUCAACAGUGAUGAAAUCCUGUGUUACCAUAUUUCUUAUGCCACCUUAUUCUCAUUCUCUCAGAUUAAUCACAAUUUUUGUCACAGUUAUUAACCAAUUGCCAUUGAUCAAUGGAAAUGUUGGUACACAAGUGGAAUAAGUAACGUGGCUUAAGUGGAUUGGGUCCAU